AUGUCGUCCAACAACACCUCGGCCAGUGUCUCCAUCGAUAAGUUCGAUGGGGACAACUACUCAACCUGGUGUCGCUACAUGCGCGGCGUGUUUCUGACGAAGUCAGUCUGGUACGUCGUGAACCGCGAAACGUCUCCAACCUUCACCGACACGCGAGCUUCCGACGAGUACGUCAAGGCGAGCAACAUCGCGUUCGGGUUGAUGUUGCUCCACAUGGACGCCGACUACCACCACGUGGUCGACAACUGUGAAGAAGCAUGGACAGCGUGGUCGCGGUUGAAGAUGCUCUAUGGUGGGUCGCAGAAGGCGGGACGCAUCUACCUCAAGCGCCAGCUGUUCAGCAUCAAGAUGGCGGAAGGUGCCAACGUCUUGCACCAUUGCAACGAAGUCUUGAACAUCGGCGCCAAGCUCAGCAGCAUCGGUGCCAAGAUGGAAGACGAAGACAUUGCGAUCUGCUUGCUGCUCAGUCUCCCGAAGAGUUUCGAGAACGUGGUUCUGAACUUGGAGAUGAGCAAUGCAGAGCUGCGCACGCAAGAUGUGGUCAAGGUGCUGACUAACGAGCACAUCAAGCGACAAGGCGAGAAGAUGACAACGGCAACGACAACGGUGAAGACUGAAGAUGCGACAAAGGCAUUCAGUACCGAGCGCAAGCCCUACCAAUGCACAUACUGCGGCAAGGUGGGGCACACGGCAGAGCGUUGCUGGACGAAGCAAAAGGAUGAAAGUCGAGGAGCCCAACGCGGCGGCAAUGGUCGUGGACGCGGGGCAAACAAUGUCCAGUGGCGACAUUAUGAUGAAGGCAACAGCUACGAUCGAGUGGCGUUUGCAGUUUCGUUCGAAUGCGGAGUUUCGACGAACAAGAAUGGACCAGGAAUGUGGGCCGUUGACAGCGGGGCAACACAUCACAUCUGCCACGACAAGUUCAAGUUUGCAAGCUUGGUCGAAGGCCAUGAUGGCGAGAUCCUGGUGGCUGAUGGCAACAAGGCGGCCAUCAAAGGUGUGGGGACCAUCGUGGAAAGGUGA